AUGGCUUCCGCAGUAUUAUCGCUGGAGCAAGCAAGUCUGGACGCCCAAACUCCGUCCGAUAAAUCCACCCAGACCUGGUACGAUCUGCGAGCUCUUGGCAGUGCUGGAGCGAUAUGGGCCGGAUUAAAUAGCUACUUUGAGCUGCAGAAUGGCUCAACAGGGUCCCAGCUCACGGAGAGCGUGGAGAAAGUGAAUGCAAUCGAAGAAAGACUUCAUGAAGCAUGCUUACAGGUCAGCAACCUGCUCCACCACACUAUAUCGCUUGCAGAGUUCACCGCGGCGUGGUUUCAACAAUAUCCCAACCCACCAUCUGGCGACAAACUAGCCCAGACGAUUGCAAAUAUACACCUUGAGAAAUCUAUCAAAUCCUGUCAGAAGGCUGAGUCCACUGCUGCCCAAGCGACCACCACCCUGUUUGAGGUCAAUAGGCGAGCCUGGGAUUUGCAGCGAUACUUUGACUUUCAAAUUGAUGAGUGUCAGCGGAAGAUCGAAAGCGCGCAAGCAGCGGCUGCGAGUGAAACCCAGAAUCCACAGCCUCCUGUGUGGGUCGUCACUGGCGGACCACUGGUUCUGCUAAAAUGGGUGACCGAGAGAAAGAGGGAGAUCUCUGAUAACCUCAUUGUCACUCUACGUGAGCCGAAUGUGACGCUUACGAGUAUCACCAAAAUGAAGGAGGGUGGAGUGACAUUUGAUAGCCAUCUAAUUCCAUGGAUGGAGAUGGUACAAAAUAUCAGCCAGUCUCUGGACUCCAUUCAUCGCAUGCUGCAAGAUGCUCAGGGUUCAUCUAUUGAGAACACCGCUCUACAUCUUCAGUUAAGAAAGAUUGAUUGGUCUCAGAUUGCGCAAUGCUCGAAAGAUGUCUUCAGGAUCAUCCAAUCAAAAUACUCUGGAGCUCAGUCUUUGGCCCCAGAUUUUCAAGAUGCCAUAGUGAACGUGUGGCAUACCGAUGCCAUUGAGCAAGAAGUGAAAGUACAAGAUCCAAAUAAGGAGGCGCUGACAGCUGCUUUCUCACCCGAUACUCACCUGGCGAGUAUUCUGUCUUCCCAAACGAAGGAGUGCAAGGAAAUAUACCAGCAGGUUGAUGAUGUACUUCAGUCUCCUGUAUUAAGAGACAUUGUGGACCACGGGGACAACACUCAGACUCCAAAAGUCGCCCUAUCUGACGUCGCCAUGAAAUUGAGACAACAGUACGUCAAGAUAAUUAGCAUGGAAUACGACACUAUUCAGCAACUAUACAGCAUUUCGGUUCUUCAAAGUCGUCGCAUAGAGCAUCUCCAACAGGGCCGCAUCCAGCUAAAGGUUCUCCUGAACAACACCCUCGCCUCUGUCCAGAUGGCAUUAGAGCCCGCACAACGAACGCUUGCAAAAUUCAAAGACGCAGCGUCAGAACUUGGAGAAACCAACAAAGUCGACGAGAUUUUAGCCAAGAUUCAAUCUAUUGGCACCAAGUUCGCAACCGGCGACGAGGCCCUCCGCGACCAAAUCACCAAGGAAAUCGCAGAAGUCGUAACAACCAACUUCAUGACAGGUGCUACACUCUUUGAUUCUGGGGCUCCAGAUCCCAUCUGUCAGAGGUUAGCCCUACACAUGAACAUCAAGGUACCGAUUGAGAUGAUGUCUCAAGGUCUCAAGCAUACACUUGACAAAUUGAGUCAUGAAGACCUUGAAAAGACAAUUGAGGCUCUCAAAUCUGUGGCUAGUGAUCUGAACUCUUCGCAAAACAGAUUAGCGGCCCUCAGACUACCAUUUAUCAAUGUCGUCGCGGGCAUGCAGAGGCUGACAGCCAGUGUGGGGGAUAUGGAGACCGCAUUGCAAAGCGUCAAGGAAAAGAUUGAACUUUUCAACAAUAUCUCAUUGUCGAAGGACGACGUAUCUAAUAUUAGCAAGGGCUGGGAUGCAGUUCGUGAUGGUUGUGAUGGAUGGAUGGAUAUGUUCAAUAGGCAAGGUAUUUCGCCGCUGACUUUCUCAUAUGAGCAAUGA